CAAUAUCACAUAAAUUUUCAAUAAUAACAUAAGAUUAGUUUAGUACAAAUUUAAAAACCCUUUCAUCCAUGGCACCACCAACAUAUCCUGAAUUGGGAAAGUUAGCCAGGGAUCUGUUCAAGCGCGGCUAUCAUCCGGGUCUUUGGCAGCUGGACUGCAAGACCAUGAGCAGCCCGGCCAUUGAGCUUUUCAGCUCUGGCUUCGCUAGUCAGGAUCACAGCAAAGUUGUCGGCUCCCUGCAGAGCAAAUACAAAAUCGAGGACUACGGUCUGACGCUAACGGAACGUUGGAAUACAGAUAGUUGGUUCAUUGGGGAGAUUCUGCAGAAAGAUAAGCUGUCCCAGGGCCUGAUGCUGGCCCUCGAGGGCAAGUUCCAGCCGAGCUCUGACUCAAAGGAUGGUAAGUUCCGGCUGGGCUAUGCCCAGGACAAAUUCAACUUUCUGUCUGACAUGGGCAUCAGCUCGAAUCCGAUGAUGAACUGUUCCCUGGUCUUGGCUCACAAUGAGUUCCUGGGCGGUGUUGGCUGCACAUUUGAUGUUGGAGAUACUUCCCUCAGCAGCUGGAAGUUAGCUCUAGGCUGGGCCAAUGAUAAGGCCACAGUCCAUGUUGAGCUAAUGGAUGGGGAAUCCUGGUUAGCCUCGCUAUUCUACAAGCUUAAUGACCAGAUCGAUGCCGCGGUAGAGCUAACCAAAACUGGCGGAGGCGGCGGUGGCGGUGGAGGAGAGAAUGCUCCCGAAGGCGAAUCAGAGCAGGGCGGUGGCAGCGACGUUGCUGUCGGUGUGGGCCUGAUAUACCGCCUUGAGGGCGAUGCUCUCAUACGAGGCAAGAUCAACAGCAAGGCGGAGCUGGGACUGGGCUAUGAGCAGAAGCUGCGGGAUGGCGUCACUGCCUCCAUUUCAGCACUGCUGGACGGCCGACAUAUCAGUGAUGGCAAUCAUAAGUUUGGCGUGGGCUUGGCCCUGGAGUGCUAAAAGUGGUUGAAGUGGGUUAAGGGUUA